GUUAGGGUUCUGUUAAUUUUAACUGCUUAUGAGUAGGUAUUUGAGAUUUUCAAAGUUAAAGAGGGGAUACUUGAAAAAACAGUAAUCCUUGGGUGGGAAAUAGUCCUUUGGCCAAUAAAGUUCCUCCGAGCACGGAGUCACCUUGGGGUUUACUCUAUGUGUUGUUGGCUAUGUGUCCCAUUAUAUUUCAAUAAAUGAAAAAAAAAUUAUUAAAACGUGUAAUCACUUGUCCAAGAAAGAAUUUUGGUAUCCACUUGAGUAACAAAGCAACCUUGAAAGUUGAAACCAAGGUAAUUUCCAUGUCAUUUAAGCAAAAAAUAUACUCUAAUAUUGUUUAAGCUCAAGAUUUAAGAUAAUUAGUAUGAAAUCUGGACUUUUUCUUGCUCACCACAGGUUCUUCUGUGGUGUGAAAGCUGAAGUGCAGAAGCAGUUGCUGCUAAUUUCAGAUUGGCAGAAGGUCAGCAGACUUAGUUUUUAUUAUAUGUUAAGUUUCAAAUAUUAGCUGGGGUGAAAAGCAGGUAAGGAUGCUUUCUCUGUCAUGACUAUGUUGUGUUCUGCAGCUGUAUGUAUUCUUGAUAUAAAAGCUGAAGUAUCAAAGAAUGAAUAAGGUUUUCAGCUGCAUUUUCCACGAAUUAAAUGAACAAUUUGCAGUAGCCAACAGGUUCAGCUUAGACAAAUCAGCAUGGUUAUGAAAAUGAAUAGUUAUUUUCUAAGGUUGACCAUGCAAUUUACACCAUGAACAAUUAUGUUUAUGGUAACGGGGAGAAUAAUUGGUCAAGUCUCCUGAAAUCUCUCAACAAAAGUCUAUGCAACAAUUUAAUUCAUUAUAAUAAAAGCACUGAGGCUGUUUACGGCACAGUCGGGUGGAGUAUAACAAAUCCUCUUAGCUAUGGGCAACCCAUAUGUGAAGAAAAAGACUUCUUUUCUAAGGUUGGCUUAGAGGAUUGCACCAUGAACAACUAUGUCUAUGGUGAGUCGACACUUGAUUUCAUUGAUAAAGCUAUCCCCACGUUCAUGGUUUGGCUUCGUGGCCAUGGCCACAGAUGAAGGGAAGAAACACUUAGGGAGGAGAGAGAUUCUUAUUUGCUGGAGAGGAACAGUGACAAUCUUGGAUUGGGUAAAAGAUCUCCAUUUUCAUCAAUUUUAGGCAAGCAAACUGGAAAUGCUUAUGUACAUGCAUGGUUUUUCUCUUGAGAUUAGUUAAGAAACUGGUGAAGCAGUACCAACAUGAGGAGAUCAGCAUCGCAGUAGCAGGCCAUUUUCUGGGAAGUGCUCUUGCUACAUUAACUGUAGCUGGCGUUGCCAAUGGCUAUAAUUCUAACUCUGGUUUUUCUUCACUGCCCGAUGCCAUGGUAACAGUCUUUGCCUUUUCAAGUCCCAAGGUUGGAAACUCAGACUUUGUGAAUGUGUUCAAUAAGUUCAACAGUCUUCAUCUCUUGCACAUGAGACAUAAUCUCGACAUUGUUCUUAAAGUUCCAGCUACUUCUAACCAUUCGGCAAUGGGAAUUGUGUUAAAUAUCACCUACCCAACUUACUCAAUAAGGGAUUUUUUAGGCCCUACUAUCACCUCUGUAUCUGAAAUGGUGAUCAGGUUUCACAUUUUGAAGAAUUUACACGAGGCAAUUUAAAAACAACAAGAGAAAAAAUUCCAAUUUUCGUUGCUAGUGCCCGUACAGCAGUUCACAUUGUUCUCCACACAGCCAAUCCUGAGGAAGUUUUUGCCGCAGCAGAUCAUGGUGCUCCACAUGGGGGACACGUUGGUGUUCGUGAUACUGUCAUUUUUGACGAUGAAGUUGAAGAAUUAUCUGAUGUGAUAAUUGAAAACUUGCAAAUGGCUAUAACAAUCUGUAUCUUCAAUUCAAUCUCAAAUAUAGAUCAACAAACACAUUCUUUUA